AUGCCGACCUCUGCGGGUCUUCGACUCGUUCUCUCGUCGUUGUUGCUGCUUCCUUCUGCGUUCGGCGCUCUCCUCACCGACCCUUCCCAGUUACGAGGGGAUCGUACGUAUGACUAUGUGAUCGUUGGUGCUGGAAACGCAGGCAAUGUAAUCGCGGAGAGGAUUUCAGCUGGCCCGCACCCCAAAUCCGUGCUCGUUCUCGAAGCUGGUGUUAGCGAUGAAGGCGUGCUGGCUGCUCAAGUGCCAUUCCUAGGCCCCACUUUGACUCCAGGCACGUUCAGGCGUACACCCUUCGACUGGAAUUACACUGUCGCUCCGCAAGAAGGUCUGGAUGGGCGUACGUUCCCGUUCCCGCGUGGAAAGAUGUUGGGCGGUUGUUCUUCCGUCAAUUAUAUGGUACACCACUUUGGGUCCUCGGAAGACUACAAUAAACUAGCUAGAGACUCCGGUGAUAAUGGUUGGAGCUGGUCCUCAAUUAAAAAGUAUAUUUUUAAGCACGAGAAGAUCGUCCCUCCCGCCGACAACUCAGACACGGAUGGCAAGUUCCUGCCUCAGUUCCAUGGGACUGGAGGAACCGUCUCUGUCAGUCUUCCAGGCAACUCACAGUCGAUUGAUGCCAAAGUCAUCGCGACCACCGAUGAACUGCCCGAGUUCCCUUUCAACCCUGAUCAAGGACAUGGGAAUGGACAGGUCUUGGGAAUGGGAUGGACACAGAACUCAAUUGGCGAGGGAGCUCGGAGCAGUUCCUCGACUACCUACUUGAAGGAAGCACUCAAACGCCCCCAUGUCGACGUCUUGAUUAACGCGCAUGUGACAAAGUUGGUUACUACCCGGAAGAAGAGGGGACGACCAGUGUUUGACAAGGUUCAGUUUGCGAGUGGACCUGGGGCCCCUGUCACGACCGUCACUGCUCGGCGGGAGAUCAUCCUUUCUGCGGGAGCCUUUGGUACUCCCCAGAUCCUGCUAUUGUCCGGUAUAGGACCGAAGACAGAUCUCGACGUGCUCGGGAUCCCAACUGUCAUUCACAAUCCUUCAGUUGGACAGAACUUGUCUGACCACGUCCUCCUUCCCAACAUCUUCAAUGUCAGGGGACAAGAUACGCUUGACCAGAUUAUUCGUGGAGACCCGAAUGUUGUUCCUGGUGUGCUAGACCAGUGGACUACGUCGAGGAGCGGACCCCUUGCCAACGGUGUUACAAAUAACCUUGGGUUCUUCAGGUUGCCAGCGAACUCGAGUAUCUUUAAUAGCGUGAGCGAUCCGGCGACUGGACCUACCGCCUCGCAUUGGGAGAUGAUCGUCAUUAACUUCUACCUGAACCCCUUCGGACCUCCCAUCCCUCCCGCUGGCACGUUCAUGACACUCAUCUCGGCGCUCAUCUCUCCCACUUCUCGCGGUUUCGUCCGACUGGCUUCUGCAGACCCCUUCACGGCGCCCAUCAUCGACCCCAAGUUCCUCACGACCCAGUUCGAUAUCUUCGCUUUACGUGAAGCGGUGCGAGCGACCAAACGGUUCGUUACUGCGAGUGUGUGGAAUGAUUAUGUGAUUAGCCCGUGGGGUGGGUUGGCGCAGACGAGCGACGAGGGGAUCGAUGCGUAUGUGAGGCAGCAGUCGACGACAGUUUAUCAUCCUGUUGGUACUGCGGCUAUUUCGCCUAGGGGAGCAAACUAUGGAGUUGUUGAUCCUGAUUUGAAGUUGAAGGGAGCGGAGGGUGUUAGGAUUGCGGAUGCUUCGGUUUGGCCUUUCCUGCCGAAUGCACAUACGCAGGGACCGGUGUAUCUUCUUGCGGAGAGGGCUGCUGAUUUGAUUCUUGGGAGAGCUUGA